GCACUAGGACCCGGUGGAAUCCCUGAAGUAGCUUUCCACCUGCUGCAAUAGUGGGAGACGCUGCAGUCAAACUGUGUGCUCGUCUUUCUUUAUAUUUUAAUGGUGAAUCACGGCUGCCUCCUCCAUCACUUUGCAAAAUCACGUUCAGGGUUCUUUCUAGCCAGGCGAUCUUUCCCAGCUCACUCAAUUCAGAGAGGCGGCUCGGGUGAAUCGCUACUGACACGGCCCCAGGACCAGGACAGUCUGAAGUUUUCUGCACUUCCUAGACUUACUGCUGUUCCUUCCUUCCGCUCGAUCUAAGGAAGCAGAAAUUUGGUAAAAUACCAAUGUGGUUUCCGUGACGAGAUACGUUUCAUUCUUUACGGGCGGAACUGGAAACAGAAAAAUGUCAGUUUGGGCCUGGAGUUGGGUGGAAAUGAGGUCCAAGGCAGCCUGUGCAUGCUGAUAUAUCCAACAGCUACCUCACAAACCUACAAAUUGUACACGAUCCAUGCAUCAGAACUCUCAAAACUGAUUAAUGGAGUGGCCGCCUUCGUUGUGAAUAAAACCAUAAGAUAUCAGAAACUAUGAGGCUAUUUUUUAGGAAACGAUUUGGUCCAGCAAAACUUGCUAUGGUCAGUAUAAUAUUUAUGAUAUUUUUAUUCAUACUCCAAAGAGAUGUAGUCAAACAGAGCCCAAAGGAUGAAUCUUGGUUUAGGGACUUAACAGGCAGGAAAGACAAAAUGCUGGGAAUUAUGUUUGGAGCAGUGAACAAUAUCCGAGAUUCAAUGCCCAAGUUUCAGAUCAUUGCUCCAGAUCGAGGCCAAGAGGCUGCUGAUGACAACAAGAACUGUUUACCGGGAUUUUACACUGCAGCAGAACUGAAGAGUUUCCUUCCUCGCCCUCCUGAAGAUCCGAAUGCACCUGGUGCUGAUGCAAAGGCUUUUCAUACGGAUAAUCUCUCCCCAGAACAGCAAAAGGAGAAAGACCGUGGUUUUGAAAAGCAUUGUUUCAACGCCUAUGCCAGUGACCGCAUCUCCUUGCACAGGAGCCUGGGACCAGACACACGACCUCCAGAGUGUAUUGAACAGAGGUUCAGGCGUUGUCCUCCUCUGCCUUCAACCAGUGUGAUUAUAGUGUUCCACAAUGAGGCCUGGUCCACCUUGCUGAGGACCGUCUAUAGUGUGAUGCAUACGUCCCCAGCCAUACUCCUGAAGGAAAUCCUAUUAGUGGAUGAUGCCAGCACAGAUGACGCUUUAAAAGAACAACUGGAUGAAUAUGUAAAGCAGUUUCGGAUAGUGAAAGUCAUCCGGCAGGUGGAGAGGAAAGGAUUAAUAACUGCAAGGCUCCUGGGUGCCAGUGAGGCGACAGGAGAAGUGCUAACCUUUCUUGAUGCUCACUGUGAGUGCUUUGCUGGCUGGUUGGAACCUUUGCUGGGAAGAAUAGCUGAAAAUUACACAGCUGUGGUGAGCCCUGACAUCACCACCAUUGAUCUGAAUACAUUUGAGGUGUCCAAACCAGUCCAGUAUGAAAGACACCACAACCGGGGUAACUUUGAUUGGAGUUUGUCAUUUGGAUGGGAGGCUCUUCCACCUCACGAAAUAGCAAGAAGAAAAGAUGAAACGUAUCCCAUCAAGACUCCUACGUUUGCUGGUGGCCUCUUUGCGAUCUCCAAAGCUUACUUUGAACACAUUGGAACAUACGACAACCAGAUGGAGAUAUGGGGAGGAGAGAAUGUGGAAAUGUCAUUCAGGGUCUGGCAGUGUGGUGGGCAGCUGGAGAUCAUUCCCUGCUCAGUGGUGGGUCACGUGUUUCGUACCAAGAGUCCACACAGCUUCCCCAAAGGUGUGCAGGUAAUUGCACGCAACCAAGUGCGCCUGGCUGAGGUCUGGAUGGGUCACUACAAGGAGCUGUUUUACAGGAGGAACCAGCAGGCAGAGAAGAUGGCAAAGGAGAAAACUUUUGGUGAUCUUUCAGAAAGGUUUCAGUUGAAGGAGCGUUUGAAGUGCAAGAACUUCACCUGGUAUCUGCAAAAUAUCUAUCCUGAAAUCUUUAUACCAGAUUUCUCUCCGAUACGUUACGGAGCGAUUAAAAACAAGGGAACUGGAAGCUGCUUGGAUGCGGGAGAAAACAAUCAUGGUGGAAAACCUCUGAUAAUGUACCCAUGCCAUGGAAUGGGAGGAAAUCAGUAUUUUGAAUAUACAUCCCAGUCUGAAAUACGUCACAAUGUUGGCAAGCAGCUGUGUCUUCAUGCCGCAUAUGGCCAAGUUCUGUUACAGCAAUGUAAAUACACAGGGAAAGAUACCAAAGUGCCGAGGGAGGAGCACUGGGAAUUUCUAAAUAAUGACCUGAUAAGAAAUUCUGCGAUUAAUCAGUGCUUGACUGCAUCGGGAAAGAACCCAUCCAUUGUUGCAUGCAACCCUGCAGACCUGUUCCAGCAGUGGCUUUUCACCUAGUGAUGUCAAGAAAGAAGCUGGUUCCUGGGGAACUAUCAGAAUCAUUCUAAGUGGGGAAAAUGUGCACAAGUGGUCCGAUUUAAAGGCCAGCCUCACCGUCAAAUCUUUUUCUAACUUUGAAUUUCAGUUCAAAUAUAGACCAAAUGAGACUUACUGAUUCAUUCCUCUUUUGUUUAAAAAUGAAAUCACUUUGAAUCAAAAGGAUCUUUGCAAAAUUUUGAAAAGUUCCACUCAGCUUUCUGUGGCUAUUUUCUUUUCAAAAAAAAAACCUGUAUCCUUCAAAAUUAUUUCUUCCCCAAACCGACCCCUAGCCUCUAUCUGCCCAUUCCCUCUCACUUGAUGAAUAUUUUGUUUAUUCAGAAUUCACAAUGCAUUUAUUGGUUAUAAUUCCUCACCCUCCGUGAUGUGGAACAUUUGUAAGAUGGUGUUAAUUCAAUUGGCAUUUGAUGUAAAUUGGAUUUGAGAUUAUCUACUUUUUUUUAUUGGUCCUGAUCCAAAGCAGUACAGUGUUGAAGUCUACUGUUUGAUUGAUGCACUGGAGACUAUUCUAAAAUGAUGAUUCAAUCUGUUCCUGAUUUAACUGGCUGAGGAGUCGUAUUGAAGCUUGAAAUUUCUCAAAUCUUGGAGUAGGAAAAGUUAUAAUUUAAAACACAAUAUGGAGGCCCCCUCUGCCCUCUCAGGUCUAGAAAAUCACAUUUUGUGCACAAUUGGCUGCAAAUUUUAUCUGCGUAGUUGCAAUUGUAGCCUGUGAAAUGCUGUAUGGAGUCAAGUGAAAGGAUCUGUAUGAAAUUCAUUCUCACUCAUUCUAUUUGCAACUCUGAAGAGGUAUUGACAUUAUGUAUCCCAACGUAUUGUCAAAAUCCAAACUAUGUGAGAGGGCACUGCCCUUUAUAAUGGUAGGAAGCUGCUAUUCCCCUGUGAGGGUAGGAAAGGAACUUUUCCCAAAGGAAGCAAUUGGGAACUGAGUUGGGGAAGGGUAUUGUUUCAUUUCAGAGAUCUAGCAUGGGGUUUUGAAGAACACUGGGAAUGUUAAAUCACCUUUAUCCAAGUGAAGUUCCUCUUUAUGUCUAAUACUUACUUCCCACCUGUGAAUUUGCUGCAAGAUAAUGUAUCAAAUAGGAAGGAAAUAAAUUCAACUGGUAAAUAUCACCUUUGGUAUUCCAGCAUUGUUCCUGGUAUCAAAUGUGGCUCUAGAUUACCUAUGAUUUUAAGUGUGGGAACUACAUAUGGUCUUAAGAGGAAUAGAAAAUUAAUUCCCUGUCACUUGCACCCCAAAUAUGCUUUACAAUAGCAGCUCCACCUUUCUACUCUGCUUCAUGAAAUUUGGUUCCAGUGAAGCCAAUGCUGUGUGUUUAAUAACACAGUAAGACAAAGGUGCAAAAUUAGGCCAGUCAGCCCAUUGAGUUUGCUCCACCAUUUGAUCAUGACUGAUUUAUUUUCUCUCUCAACCCCGUUCUCCUACCUUCUCGUAACCUAUGACUAAUGCUGCUAUACAGGGACAAUUUUUUGGCAAUUAAGUCAUAUCCUGAGGCAAAUUGUUUAUGCAAGUACUUUCUCAUUUGAAAUUUAGUUGCAAGUCUUCUCCUUUUCUUCACAACUUCCCUAACAGUCUCAAGUGCUCGGUCUCCAUUGAAUUAACUAAUUCCUAUGUGGUAAGAUAGGAGGAACACUACAGUUGAGUUAAACGCUUCUAGCAUUGGCACUAGUGAAAAGAACUUGCCAACAAUCAGGGAAUAAUGACCACUUGGGCAAGAUGCCAACCAAAAGGUGACUGGUACCAAAGAGCCAGCACCUUUCGAAGGACAGGGGAAGAGCAUAUGCAAAUUAAAAUCCAACAAAUGAGCAGAAUGGGACACAGAGCAACUUAGUUCAUUCUUUUAGUUUUGAUUUGUACUUGAGCUCAAUUGACACUUGAUAAUGAAUGUAACCAAAUGUGAGACAGCUUUAAUAAAUCAUCAUAGGUACAUUAAGAGCAACGUCAUAUCAAAGGUACAGUUCUGUUUUGAUGUCUAUCACUCCUGUUCAGUUAGCCAUUGACUUACAGAACUUCAGAACUGUAAAAAAAAAUUUUCUCUGUCUAGAAAGAGCAUUGAAAUCAAUGUUACGGGUAAACACAGACUUUUCGGUACGCUGAUUACACCAAGCUGCAUUUCCACAGAUAUGUGAGGUUAGCAAAAAGUGAGUCUGUACAUUGGAAUUGUAUAGCUUAUGAUAAGCUAUCUUGAAAUAGACUGAACAGGUACAUAUAUAACAGACACAGUUGAAAUGGAUUUUGGGUUCCUUUAUGAAAUAUCUAGUCCCUAAUUUUAAUAAUUCAGCCUAUUCUGAGUUGGUGAGUUGAAUUAUCAAACUACAUGAGGCUCUUUUGAGUAUCUGAGGAUUACCUAAUUUAAUUUUUUUCAUAUUUUGGAUUUGAGGCAACAGAACCCAAAUUAUAUUUUUCUACACAUUUUUGAAUUUGUUAUACUCUGACUUGUAGAAAUGUUUGCCUUAUGAUCGCACUUUUGCAUAUGCACGAAGGAAGCCCAUUGUUAAUCUAAAACCAAAGAAGCUCUUUUUUCCUCAUUUCACAAUGAUCAAAAUGGUCCUCCUGUACUACAGUAAACUUAGUUACUCCCCCGAGCUAAAAAUGAUUUGCUUUAUAAUACUGUGCUGCAAAUCAUGGUUAAUUUAAUUAUCUAUCCAAAAGCCUGUGAAUAUUCCAUUUAGACACUUAGUUGUUUCAAGUUGGGCAAUCUGCUUCAUAUUGUGUGGAAAUUUUGUGGUGUUAUCAGGCAUCCAAUGGGAGCAGUACUUGUGCUCUAGACUCUGGUUUAUGUGCUCAGGAGUAGGCUACUUUCACACAAUGACCACUAUCCCGCCUGCAUCUUAAUGACUCUAGUUUUACCCUGAUUUAUUGAACUGGAUAUUGAUUUCUUGAAAAUUGAACAUGUGGUUUGAAUUCCAUUUCCUAAAUCUGAUAUCUACCUCCAUCGAAUUCUAAUCUUAUAGUUCUGAAAAAAAAAUCAUUCAGUAUAUCACUACUCUCUAACAAUUGUAUAAGCAUUUUUUCUUCUGUGUGUAAGCUGUUCUUUUAAAAUGCAGGAAAGAAGAUUAUAAUUGUUUAAAAACCCAGUAAAUCCCUCUGGAGUCCUGCUGCAUUGAAGAAUGCCUCUGAGUUUUAAUGAAGCACGACAAUGUCUUUGGUUUUGUCAAUAAAUGCACUUAUUUUGAUGCUGUGUCAUAAAGAACAAGAAGAGCAAGAGCUCAGUUCUUAGCUAGGGCAACAGCUGUACCUCCGCAAUUUAAUGUUUACUUUCAAGUAAAUGGAAAAUUAGUUAAGAAUACUGUUGAUCACUGAUGUCCUGGCCAAUAUUUAUUCUCCAUUAACAUCUAAAACAGACUGUCUGGAAUUCUUAAGGGACUUGCUGUAUGAAAAUUAACUGCCACCUUUCUUAUAACAAUGGCUACAAUUCAAAAUGUAAUUAGUUGGCUGUAAAGUGCUUCUGACAUCCAGGGAUCGUGAAGGGCACUAAAAAGUAUUCAUUAUCUUUGUCCAUUAAGGCCUACUCCAGUAAGUGAAAAUGUGUUCUUGGGAAAAUGGAGCUGCUAACCAACAUUUGUUGUGUAAGGUCACAAAAGCAUGACUGAGGGAGAUGGCCUCUGCUGGAUGCGGGGAAGGAAACUGAAGGAGGAUAAAAAAGCAUGUCAGAAUUGAAAUUUCUGUAAAAGGCAAUUUCUUUUAUUUUAUUUGAAUUGUUUCCCACUUGAGCACUGCUGAGUAUGUUGCCAUAUUUGAUUUUAAAAUAACUUACGACAAUAAUAAAAUCAUGUU